CAAACCCUAAAUAAACCCCACCAUACAGCCUUGCCACCUCUAUAGCAUGCCCCUUUUGUAUUCUUUCCCUUUCAGUUUUCGUCCUUAUAUCCCAAACCAAAGCAAACCAAACUCAAAAAACCCAAUCUUCUUCUUUAAUCUAUGGCCGUUGAAGCUUCGCAUCUCAAUCUCUUCUCUCCUUAAUUCUUAGCGUACAUGUUCCUUUUAAGCGUUUAAGACUGAAACCAAAUGAUCAUACAUUCAGAUCCAACCACCUACCUCUAACGUCUAUUGCAUUCAUUCUCUUAAUGAUGAAUCCUAUUGAAGCAAACGGCAAUAUGUUUGAAACCCAGAUGGUAUAUGGAGUUCCGACGGUGGCGACUCAAGGAUUUCUUCCUUUACAUAACUCUUUGGUUACCGAUUCCUUCAUCCAUCGAAAGCCUACGGCAGCGAUCAAAUCGGAGAGUAGUUUGACGUACAACAAUCUUCCUUUACCCAGGAAGCGUUCCAGAGAUUCCGCUAUGGUUUCUUUCCCUUCUCCACCUCACAAAAGCAACGAAGCUUGCUCUCGUUUUUCUUUUCUUGGCCAUGAUAUCUCCCUUCACAUGGAGCAGCAACAGUUGGAUAUUGAUCGCCUCAUCUCACAACAUAUGGAGAAAAUGAGGGUGGAGAUAGAAGAAAAAAAGAAGAGGCAAGCAAGGAAAAUAAUGGAAGCCAUUGAAGAAAGAGUAAUGAAGAAACUUCGAGUCAAAGAAGAAGAAAUGGAGAAGAUUGAGAAAAUAAAUUGGGCACUUGAAGAAAGAGUGAAAUCCCUUUGCAUAGAGAACCAAAUUUGGAGAGAUUUGGCUCAAACCAAUGAGGCCACCGCCACUGCCCUGCGGUCCAACCUAGAACAAAUCCUCGCGACGGCACAGCAGGUUAAGGUCGACAAGAGAAACCGUGGCGUAGGAUUAGAAGCGGCGGCGGAUGAUGUUGACGAUGCGCAAUCAUGUUGCGGCAGCAGUUGGGACGUGGAGAAAAAUGGCGACGGCGGCAGGCUAUGCCGGACCUGUAGGGAGGAGGAAUCAUGUGUGUUGCUGCUACCAUGUAGGCAUUUGUGCUCAUGCACUGUUUGUGCGCCGCGCCUUCACAUUUGUCCAAUUUGUAAAUCUCCGAAGAAUGCAAGCCUUCAUAUUAAAAUGUCAUAAAAGCUCUUUAUUAUAAUAAUAAUAAUAAUAAUAAUAGUAAUACAUUAAGCACCCCAAAACAAAACAGAAAACAAAUAUUGUUUCAACUUAGUAACCCCAAAUUUUGUAAUUAGUUAGUUUAGAUUAUUUCUUUUUUUCCCCCA